UUGGCUAUUUUCUCUCUCAGGGGAAUAAACUUUGGGGUGGAAGAUUCAGUGGAAGCACAGAUCCCAUCAUGGAGAUGCUCAAUGCCUCCAUCAGCUAUGACCAGAGGCUGGCUGAGGUGGACAUCCAGGGCAGCAUGGCUUAUGCCAAAGCCUUGGAGAAGGCUGGAAUCCUGUCUAAAGCUGAGCUAGAGAAGAUCCUGGCUGGCCUGGAAAAGAUCUCUGAGGAAUGGUCCAAGGGAGUGUUUGCUGUGAUCCAGACUGAUGAGGACAUCCACACUGCCAACGAGCGCAGGCUGAAGGAGCUGAUUGGAGACGUAGCUGGGAAGCUGCACACUGGCAGAAGCAGGAAUGAUCAGGUUGUGACUGACCUGAAGCUGUUCAUGAGGAAUUCCCUUUCCAUCAUCUCCACGCACCUCCUGAGGCUCACUGAGACCCUGGUGGAACGUGCUGCCAUAGAAAUCGAUGUGAUCCUGCCUGGCUACACCCACCUGCAGAAAGCUCAGCCCAUCCGAUGGAGCCAGUUCUUGCUCAGCCAUGCUGUUGCUCUGACCCGUGAUUCUGAGCGCCUGGGAGAGGUGAAGAGGAGGAUCAAUGUCUUGCCUUUGGGAAGUGGAGCUCUGGCUGGAAACGCCCUGGGAAUUGACAGAGAGCUGCUGUGCAGUGAGCUGGACUUUGCUUCCAUCAGCCUGAACAGCAUGGAUGCCGUCAGCGAGAGGGACUUUGUGGUGGAAUUCCUCUCUGCUGCCACCCUGCUGAUGAUCCACCUGAGCAAGAUGGCCGAGGAUCUCAUCAUCUACAGCACCAGCGAGUUUGGCUUCCUGACCCUCUCUGAUGCCUACAGCACUGGCAGCAGCCUGAUGCCUCAGAAGAAGAACCCCGACAGUCUGGAGCUGAUCCGCAGCAAAGCCGGGCGAGUGUUCGGCCGGGUGAGCCCCAAAGAGGAGGAGGAGGGAGAGGAAGCUGCUCCUUUACCAAUCCCAUCUGCAGUUUUGGGAUUGGUAAUUAAAAAUUUCCUGAUUAAUGGAUCUGCCCCACACCGUGUUGUGAUGGAGUUCGCAGGGGUCUUAGGAUGA